CACUCACCGCAAACGUGGUUCUUCAAGUUCUUUCGUUUCUCUCCAGUGUGUACGGUACUGUGCAUUUUCAGCCAGUCUGCACAACGGAAACCCCUCCCGCAGAGAUCGCAGAUGAACGGCGCCUCGCCUGCUUCAUAUCGAUGCAGUCAGGACACCAAGAGACACAGAAACAAAUUGACUUGAGGAGAGAGAGAGAAAAAUCUGAAUUAUUCAGCUGUAACUCAAAGAUGCAAGAAUAUAAAUAAAAUGAAUUGAGAAUAAAGUAAAAAUGUUUGUGCAAGAGCCUUAAUCAUAAUUUAUUUAUUUAUUAUAGCCUAUUGCUUACUAAAAUUUCACUUAAGUGUGUGAAAUUAACCAUUGAUUUAAUGUAGUAAAAGGUCUGGGUUUUUUGGGGGGGGUUUUUGGCAUAUUGAUUACCAUUUGUGUAACCACAGUUUUACUAUAAAUAACAUGGUUAAACUAUGCUCAGUGUAGCAAAACCAUGGUUCAUUUGUGGUUUAACUAUAUGGCGUGGGGGGGCGUGGUUUAGCGAGAUCUGCAGCGGGGGAGAGAGACCGGUUAAAAGAGAGCGUCUGGGGAGUGUGAGACAUGAGAAAGACGGGACGGAGAGCUCGUGGAGGACAGCGGCUGAUCGGUCAAAGAGGACUGAGUAUCUGGAAGAAAGAAAGCUUCGCCAGUGCAGAGAGCGCGACGUGCUGUUAUAUGAUUCAUUUUUGUUUUGUGUUGAAUAAAUCCACGAGCCUCCUUGAAACCUGACCCAGCCCUCUUCCUUCCAUUCCACGAACCUUACUACAGUGGUGCCGAAACCCGGGAAGGAAGUCGGAACGCUGCCACCAGCAUGUCCUCUCCGUCAGGAUCGCCAUUUGCGGACGUCAUCCACUUGCUCGCGGGCCUCCACCAGGAACAUCACCAGGCGUUGCUGGACAUGAGGGAGGACCAGGAACGUCGGUUCCGGGUUCUCGUCCAGACGCAACAGGAGGACCGCGAGCUGUUCCAGAGCUGGAUGGACCAGGAGGUUCGGGCUGGGGGUUCUCCACCUGCCCCGGCCCUGCCAGCCCACAUGCCGUUAUCCAAAAUGGGGCCGCAGGACGAUCCAGAGGCCUUUAUAGACCUCUUCGAGAGGACCGCCGAGGCAUGUGGGUGGCCUCAGGUGAACUGGCCGGUGCGCCUCAUCUCACUGCUUUCGGGGGAAGCACAGAUGGCUGCCCAACAACUGCCGGUUCAGAACCUCCUGGUCUACGACGACCUCCGACGGGCCAUCCUUCAGCAGGUCGGCCUAAACCCCGAGCAGCAUCGUCAGCGAUUCAGGUCGCUGGAGCUCGGGGAAAAUGGGCGGCCCUUCGUGAUGGCUCAACAGCUCCGGGACGCGUGCCGUAGAUGGCUUUUGGCCGGGGAAGGCAACGUCAACCAAAUCAUCGAUCGCGUGGUGCUGGAGCAGUUCGUGGCUCGGCUUCCGAAGAAAACCGCACAGUGGGUCCAGUGCCAUCGCCCGACGUCGCUAGACCUGCCCAUUCAACUGGCGGAGGACCAGAUGGUGGCGUGCCACGGGGUCGGCGAAACCCUGCCUUCUGUCUCUCUCUCUCUCUCCCUCCUCCUCCUCCUCCUCCUACCCCCAAACCUGUCCCUCUCCCUAGGUCUCGGGUGA